GGUGCAUUUAGAAGAAAGAAAGAAAGAAAAAGAAUAAUAAAAAGAAGAAGUGCUGAUUUUGUGCUUCAAUUUUGAGCUACCUCGGGCUCGGAGUCAGCUUGAACAAAGACAGAGUUUCUACUGUUGCAGUAGCAGCAGCGACUUAGACGAGUAGCAGAAAGCGUCAACCAAAAUGGAGCAGAAUAAAGCUUCCGCCCCUGUCCCUCCAACCAAACGCGUUCGCUGCAUCGUCAAGCUCGGAGGUGCAGCGAUCACAUGUAAAAAUAAAUUGGAGACUAUAGAUGAGGAGAAUCUUACGGAAGUUUCAUCCCAGCUUCGUCAAGCAUUGAUUCCGAAUUCUGAUUCUGCAAAAAUUCUUGGAAUGGAUUGGAGCAAAAGGCCGGGACAGUCUGAACCUCCAAGUUUCGUCGAUGAGUUCAGUGAUCAACCAGUUGCGGAUUCAGAAAGUUUUAUUGUUGUUCAUGGAGCAGGUUCCUUUGGACACUUUCAAGCUAGCAAGUCAGGUGUUCAUAAGGGUGGACUAAGCCGACCUCUUGUCAAGGCUGGUUUUGUUGCUACAAGAAUUUCAGUCACAUCCCUCAAUCUUGAAAUCGUGAGAGCCCUAGCAAGAGAGGGUAUUCCUUCCAUCGGAAUGUCUCCAUUCUCAUGUGGUUGGUCAACAUGUCAAAGAAAUAUGACAGAGGCUGACAUUUCAAUGGUCAUUAAAGCAAUUGAUGCUGGUUUUAUACCUGUUUUGCAUGGAGAUGCUGUCCUGGAUACAUUACAGGAGUGCACCAUUCUGAGCGGAGACGUGAUAAUACGUCAUUUAGCAGCUGAACUAAAGCCAGAGUUUGUUGUUUUUCUUACAGAUGUACUUGGCGUAUAUGAUCGUCCACCAGUAGAACCUGGCGCUGUGCUUAUCCGGGAAAUUGCUGUACGUGAAGAUGGAAGCUGGUCGGUAGUGAAACCUAGAUUAGAGGACACAAGCAAGCCAGUUGAAUUCACUGUAGCUGCCCAUGAUACAACUGGUGGGAUGGUGACAAAGAUAACAGAAGCCGCUAUGAUUGCAAAGCUUGGAAUCGAUGUCUACAUAACAAAGGUUGGUGCAGGCAGGAACGGACCACUCAGUGAAAGCCCUGAGUGGAAUCUUGAAAGGCAGCAUACCUGAUGACUGGCUUGGAACAGCCAUCAGGUAUAUGAGUUAAAUCAUCGAUUACUGCAGUGAAACCUGGUCCGUGCAGCGAGGAUGAUGAUUAAUUCAGUAAGAAGUGUACCAUUUGGACGGACCCCUGAACGCGUGAGUUCAAAUCAUUUUAAGACCUUUUUGUUUCUGGGUGAAGGCAUUUACAAACAGCAAAUUUUCAGUUUAUAAUGCCACCCGUACCUCGUUGAACUUUGCAUUCGUUCACUAAAGCAACGAAAAGAAAUGAUGGGAAACUUCUCCUUUUAUUGUGGUCUCCCUAUUCUUCCUCCCUAUUCCUAGUCACCUUUCCUAAUCAUUUUCUCAGAUUUUCCUUA